AUGUUCAGGUUUCUUUACUCAUUCUCCGCACCUCAUCUGGAUGUUUCAGGUUUCUUUUUCAUUCUAAUUUUGACUCCUCCAUCUAUAUUUGUCUCUUUUGCAGCGACUUCAGCGAUUUCCUCAACCAGUCCUUGGAAUUUCUAUGUUAGAUCCACCAAUUCAUCUCCUUCCUCAUCAGGUAAUGAAAAAACUUUAGUUAUUUGUGAGGAGUUCAUCAUGGUUUUCUGGGUGUUUGGCUAUGGUUCAUUGGUAUGGAACCCCGGGUUUGAUUAUGAUGAUAAAUUGAUAGGGUACAUCAAGAAUUACAGGUGUGUGUUAUCCUGGAAGCAGACAGCAGUAAUCAAGAAAAUAUACGGUGGAUUACUACCAAGAAAAACCCCUUUGAUCUCAAAGAAUAAGCAUCUGAUUCCAAAAGUGGUUAUGCUUUAUGUCCCUGGUCUUGAUGCAGUAAUUUACCUCUCACAGUCUAAAAUACUACACGGCUUAAAAGAAUGUUGUGGUAUCCCAAGGGCAGUGUUAGCACCCAGAAUCAUGAAUGGUCAAAUUUACGUUGAUGCAUUUUCAAUGCUACUAAACUACCAUUUGUGGUAUGUUUUGACACCCGUUCGUGUUGAUUUCAUUUGGAGGGAUUCAAGAGCAAACAAACUCUUCAUGAUUCUCAUUGAUCAAAAUAGAGAGAAAUUGUUAGCAGUUGUUCCACAACAAAUGAUGCGCUUUAUUUAUGGAGGGAAUCUAUUGGGUGGUGUGUUUUCUUUAAACCAUUUCCAAGUCGAACCAACGUAUGCUGAGUAUCCGAGGUAUCAAGAAUACAGUUUAUUACGUGGCGAUUUGAUGAUUAAGAUCAGCAAUAACACACGGUUUAAUCGUUUGGUCGAUGCUAUCAUAUCAUGGUUUCCGGUUUUUCCAUUGGUUCCCUCAAUAAAAAGUUUAGUAGAGGAUCAGACAAAGAGAAAAAUGAUGAUUGAUAUUGUUGGAAAAAUCAUCAAAGGGAAGCGAAACUAUUCCCGUUACUUUGGUGUACUGACGUUACCUUCUUUCACUUUAUAUCUCCAAGAUGGGCCUGAACAUUUUGAUAUCAACCGAACUAAGCAACGUAGAGUUCCAACCGAGGAUGCCGGAAGCAUUUAACAUCAUAAAUAUGCCUAGAAUAAUUUUUAAUUCUGUGUGAGACAUUUGGUGGGGUUUUUUUUAAGUUUUGACAACUUUUAUGAGUGCGUUGGUUUUAUAGUUGAUCUACAUUAAUGUUAGACAUAUUGUGGCGAAUUUUUUCAUGUGUGG